CAAGUUGAUGCGUCGGCGCUUACAACUAACGUCGCCAUUGGUGAACGACUUUGCUUCUAUGCUUGGGUGGACAAAUUACAUGAGAAAGUCGGCUUUUACUUCGCGGUUCAAUCGGGUGGAGCGUUCGAUAUUGACUGGACCAUCACUGACCCACAUGAUAUGAUUGUGAUUGAGGGUGAGAAGGAAAGGCAAGGGGAUUAUAUCUUUACCGCCAAUGCUGUUGGAGAGUACUCUUUCUGUUUCCACAAUGAUAUGUCGUCGUUCAGUGAAAAGUUUGUCGAUUUG